AUGCUCUCCACCGUCCGCCAGUCGCGUAUGUUUUCCAGCACCGCCGCCAAGCUCGGCUCCAAGGUCUUCUUUGACACCUCCAUCAACGGCACCAAACAGCCAAGAAUCGAGUUCGAGCUCUACGACGACAUCGUCCCCAAGACCGCAGCCAACUUCAAGGCCCUGUGCACCGGUGAGAAGGGCUUCGGCUACAAGGGUGUUCCCUUCCACCGUAUCAUCCCCAACUUCAUGCUCCAGGGUGGUGACACCGAUCUGACCAACGGCUACGGCGGCCGUUCCAUCUACGGCCACAAGUUCCAGGACGAGAACUUUGUAAAGAAGCACGAAAAGGCCGGUCUGCUCUCCAUGGCGAACGCCGGGCCCAACACGAAUGGCUCCCAGUUCUUCAUCACCACCGUCCCAUGCCCAUGGCUCGACGGCAAGCACGUCGUCUUCGGCGAGGUCUCCAAGGGUAUGGACGUGGUCAAGACCAUCGAGUCCUACGGCACCAUGUCCGGCAAGCCCCGCGCCAAGGUCGUCGUGGAGGAGGCCGGUGAGCUCUAG